GUUAAUAUAUUAAUGAUGAGGAUAGGGUUUAAACGUAUAACACCCGCUUUAUCGCGGUUGUCAUCGUCACACCCUCUGGCCAUCGGCCAUGUGAUGCGUCGUAAUUUUAGCCAAAUUGCUAAACGACCUGAAAACCCUCGUGUUUUUGAGAAUCCAACUGAUGUUAAGCCUUAUGUACAGGGAUUGCGGUACACUGAGUUCACAAAUGAGCUCCAGUUGAUUGAGGACUCUCAGGUAAUUCCUAUCUUCCAGGUUAUGGACCCCGAUGGCAACCUUUUGGGCUCAUGGAAGAACCCUUUCGAGAGUGACGAGGCAGUGUUGGAGCACUACAAGACUAUGGUCCGACUGUCGAUUUGGGACAACCUGUGGUACAAUAUCCAACGUCAAGGUCGUAUCUCAUUCUACAUCCAGAACCAGGGUGAGGAGGCCAUGCAAAUUGGGUGUGGUUUAGCUUUAACCCCUGAAGACCACAUCUUUGGUCAGUACCGUGAACUUGGUGUUCUAUUUUGCAAGGGCUUCACUGUUGACGAUGCAUUGAAUCAGCUAUUUGCCAACAAGGGUGACGAGUGCAAAGGGCGUCAGAUGCCCAUUUCAUACUCCAAAAAGGAGUGUAACAUCCAUGCCAUCUGUACCCCGUUGACAUCACAGCUACCUCACGCUGCAGGUGCUGGCUAUGCCCUAAAGCUGGCUAAAGCCAACGCUUGUGCUGUAGGUUUCUUCGGAGAAGGUGCAGCGUCAGAGGGUGACUUCCAUGCUGCUAUGAACAUGGCUGCGGUUCGUCAGUCUCAGACUAUCUUUGCUUGCAGGAACAAUGGCUAUGCCAUUUCAACUCCAGUGCGUGACCAGUACCGUGGUGACGGUAUUGCCAUCCGCGGUGUAGCUUAUGGCAUGCCCAGCAUCAGGGUUGACGGUAACGAUCUCUUUGCUUCGUACAUUGCUACCAAGCAUGCUCGUGAGCAUUGCAUCAAGCAUUCAACUCCUAUCUGCAUUGAGUACAUGACUUACCGUCUGGGUCACCACAGCACGUCUGAUGAAUCUUCGCAAUACCGUGGCGCUGGCGAAUUUGAUGUGUGGACCUCGGGUGGUAUAAACGCCAUUAACCGUGUUAAGACCUACCUUGAGAAACGUGGUAUCUGGGAUAACGAGCGCGACGAGGAAUUGCAAAAGGAGGCGCGCAAGUAUAUGCUCAAGAAGAUUCGCGAGGUGGAGCAAAUUAAGCACUGCGACCUCGUCUCUGGUAUAUUCGACGACGUUUACGACAAGCCGCACCUGCUGCUUGAGGAGCAGCGCCAGAGCUUCAUAGACCACAUGGAGCGUUACGGUGAAAACUACAACCUUACUAAAUACGAGAUGGCUUAGAAGCCUUCCUUUACAACUGU